AUGCUACAGAAGAAGAGGAUCCUAAUCGGCACCACAGGCUCCGUGGCAUCCGUCAAGUUGCCCAUGCUGAUCAACGAGCUGCGGAAAAUCUUUGGCGACUUUGUUGAAAUCCGGGUCGUGGCCACCACUCCGUCGCUCCAUUUCUUCAAAAAAGAAGACAUCUCUGUCCCUGUGGUGACCGAUGUGGAUGAAUGGAAUGCGUGGAGUCAGAUGGGCGACCCCGUGUUGCACAUUGAACUUCGGAACUGGGCCGACAUCAUGGUUGUGGCCCCGCUGGAUGCCAACACCCUUGCCAAACUGGCGGCUGGAAUAUGCGACAAUCUGCUGACAUGCACUUUGCGAGCCUGGGAUCCCAGUCGACCGGUGGUGGUUUGUCCGGCUAUGAACACCCACAUGUGGACUCAUCCGUUCACUCAAAAGCAUCUGGAUGUUCUCGCAGCCGAAGCAAGCUACAUCAUUAUUCCACCGAUUACCAAGACUCUGGCGUGUGGCGAUACAGGCAUCGGUGCGAUGGAAAACGUCGACAGAGUCGCCCAGAGAAUCUACGAGAUCUUGGAAGGCUGA